UGCCCGCGUGUGAUUCUAGUGUGGCACUGUUGCGCGAUCACGUGGUCUGGACACGAUUCUUCAAUUUAACUUUAUUCCAAACUUUAUAAAACACCUGUUGAUACAGAAGUUGCGAUCGCUUUUUAGUCUCGUUGCCAUGUCUUUCUGUUCAUUCUCUGGAGGGGAGAUUUUUAAGGAUUAUUUCGAAACUGGUAUAUAUGUUUGUGCAGAAUGUGGAUACGAGCUGUUUUCCAGCAAGUCUAAAUAUGAGCAUUCGUCACCAUGGCCAGCCUUCACAGAAACUAUCCAUGAGAACAGUGUGUCCAAACACGAGGAGAGAUGGGGCGCUUAUAAGGUUAACUGUGGUAAAUGUGGUAACGGUCUUGGUCACGAGUUUGUAAAUGAUGGACCCAAACGCGGUCUCUCACGCUUUUGAAUAUUCAGCAGCUCUCUGAAGUUCAUUCCUAAAGUUAAGAAUGAUCAACAGUAGAGCAAGAUAUUGGAAGAAAGCAUGAGAAUGGAGAAGCACUGAUGUGUUUACCGUGUGGAUGUUGAAUGAAACGCUCUGGUAAAAAGCCCACAGAGGGAUGUUCAGAGUGAUGAUGUGUAAACAGCCUCAUGGAAAACAUGGAUAAACUAUCGGACAAUUCACACAAAUUCUUUUUCAGCCAUGCACAAAAUAUUUGAAACUAUGCAUAAGGUAUUUUUUUAUCUUGCUUUUAGCCUGUUAUAGAUUAAUAGAAACCCUUUAAAGUGUACACACCAGCAGGUUACUUGGUAAUGUUGCCACAUGAUCCCAACUUUCUUUGAGCAGCUUUACAAAAGCCCUUUGUGCCUCAGUAGAGAAAACUGUGUUUUUGCAGAGGUCAUUCAUACUUGGUGUUUUUGCCAAUUUGAUGCAUUUUUGUACAUGUACAACAAUGCCAGAAGAUUCAUUUUUGAAAGCUG